GAAGAGGGGAAAGAGACCAAGAAGAAGGAGAAGAAGAAGAACAUUUGAGACUGAAAGCGGCAUUGACUUUUGACUUUUAUAUAACUUUUUUCUUUUAUGGCUUUUGUUAAUUUUCCAUUUAGCUGUAGGAAUUUUCUUAUGACUUUGAUUCUUCAAAUUCAAUCUUUGUGUUCGAACAAGGUAGAACCUUUUCUUAAGCAAUUGUGACUUUAAUUCAGAGCUGAGCUAUGCAUAUCAGAGUUGGUAUUAUUUUCUUGAUUGUAUUCAUCACUGCCAGCAUAUCCCGUGCCAAUCAUCUGUCUCCACAGAUCUCUCCAUCGCCUAGUCCACAGCCAAUUGUUGCAUUAACUGAUGAAAGGUGUCCUAAUUCCUCAACAACAAUUUGUCAUGACCUCAAUAACUUGACUGCUUGCCUCAGUAUUUCUUCUUCUGGUGCUUCCAAGGGUUUGUUUCUUCUUGUCCAGAAUGAUGGAGAGGAACCUCUGAAAGUGAAUGUUGUAAUCUCAGAUAUUAACAUUACUUUCCCAGAGAUACAAGUAUCCAGACAACAAUCCAGAAAGAUCAAAAUCUUGGCAUAUGUUGAGGGAAGUCCAUCUAUAAUACUAAAUGCUGGAUAUGGGAAAUGUAUAAUCCCGAUUGGUUCGGAAGGACGAUAUAGCCAAUUUUAUAAGCAAUAUGUCAUCUAUUUAUCCCCUAUCCAUGGUGUCUACUUAUUGUUUUUCACAAUUCUGAUUGCCGGAGGAGCAUGGGCCUGCUGCAAGAUUGGCAAAAAUGAACAGCAUACUGAUGGAAUCCGAUAUCAGGAGCUUGAGAUGGAGCAACCACCCUCUCACUCAACGAAUGACGAGGAAAUGGCAGGAGGGUGGAAUCAAGAUUGGGAUGAUGAGUGGGGAGAAGAACAUGAAGUGAAACCACCAAAUGGGCAUCAAACAGAAAAUGUUUCAGGCAACGGCCACAACUCUAAGACUUCUGAUACAAAUGGAUGGGGAAAUGACUGGGAUGAUUAGAACAAGAUUAGAAAGAACAGAAAAUUUCUUCACAUUGCUAUAAAGAUGGCAGGUAAAGAAAAGGAAAAAGAAAAACACGAAAAGAAAAUAAGAAAGAAGCAAAAAGAUAAAGAAAGAUCAAUAGAUGUAGUGAGUUAUGAAAGCUGCAGCAGGAUGAAAAAGGAGUAAAGUUGGGUGUUCAAAACAGUUUGUUACCCUUUUUGAAAUUUAUAUAGUUAUGUCACUUGGCAUGUUCUUCUUAUGGGUUUUACCAUACAGAAACUAGAGGAAUAUGCAUAUAUCUGCUGUGUAAUAUCAGCUUCUCCUUACUACAAGCUUUGCUUGGACUUACAAAAGAAUACCAAACCAAAGUUCUUGGCUUUUUAGAGAAA